AUUCGAGGUCCCAAAUAAAAUAGACAUAAGAUUAGGUUGCUGUGUCAAUUGUAUUCUCUUUCACACACUCACACACACUCUCUCUUUCUCUCUCCUAUUGCGGCUAGGGUUUUUCACUCUCCAUAUCCCUUCACCUCUUUCUCUCUGAUCUGUGGAUUCGUGUAUGUGUCUGAGUUUGUGUAGUGAUGGAGACGUUGCGGGUUUAGUGUGAAAGGGUUGGUAGAGACCUUUGUCUUUGGAAAAGUGCGAUUGGGUUUAGGCUUUGUGGGAAUUUGCUUUUGAAAAUGGCAACUAUGAACCCUUUUGAUUUGUUGGGUGAUGAUGCUGAAGACCCUUCUCAGCUCAUCGCAGCUGAACAGCUCAAGGCAGCCUCAGCUGCAGCCGCGGCUCCCAAAAAGGCUCAGCCGCAGCAGCGAGCCGCUCAGACUCAGCCCAACAAGCCGGCUCAGUUGCCUUCCAAGCCGCCUCCGCCGGCUCAGGCUGUGAGGGAGGCUAGAAAUGAGCCAUCUCGGGGAGGCCGAGGAGGUGGACGAGGCAGCGGACGUGGAUAUGGGCGUGGUCGUGGUUUUAGUCGCGACUCUUCCAAUGAAGAGAACUCAUUCCCUGCCACUGGAGGUUCCGAUAAUCAGGGUCCUUUUGAAGAAGGAGAUGCUGGGAAGGCUUCAGAAAGACGCGGGGGUUAUGGUGGACCACGAGGUCCCUAUCGUGGUGGUGGUCGUCGUGGAGGUUUCAGCAAUGGUGAUGCUGGGGAUGAAGGACGACCUCGAAGAGCAUUUGAUCGUCGCAGUGGGACUGGAAGAGGAGUGGAAUUUAAGCGUGAAGGUGCUGGACGUGGUAACUGGGGAACACAAACUGAUGAAAUUGCUCAGGCAACUGAUGAAGUUGUGAAUGAAACUGAAAAGAAUUUGGGUGAUGAGAAGCCUGUGGCCGAAGAAGAUGUAGCUGAUGGAAACAAGGAGAGUCCUGCCAAUGAAACUGAAGAAAAAGAGCCUGAAGAUAAGGAGAUGACUCUGGAAGAAUAUGAGAAACUGCUGGAAGAGAAAAGGAAGGCCUUGCAGACACUUAAGACUGAAGAAAGAAAGGUAGACAUUAAAGAGUUUGAAUCCAUGCAACCCUUAUCAAGCAAGAAAGACAAUCAUGACAUCUUCAUUAAACUGGGGUCUGAUAAGGAUAAGCGAAAAGAGGCUUUUGAGAAGGAAGAGAAAUCCAAGAAGUCUGUCAGCAUAAACGAGUUUCUGAAGCCUGCUGAAGGGGAAGCCUACUACAACUCAGGUGGGCGUGGAAGGGGACGUGGCCGCGGACGUGGUGGUUAUCGUGGAAAUGCUACGAGCAAUGCAGCUGCUCCAUCCAUUGAAGAUCCUGGGCAUUUCCCAACCUUGAGUGGCAAGUGAGAUCUUCAAGAACCCUUCUGAUAUCCUGGUCCUAUUUUGCAAUUUUGGGUUCUCUUAUUUGAACUUAGCAAGAAAAGAACUAUGUUAAUCGAAUUUGCUGGAUUAGAAGGGUCAUUUAAUUAUAUGACUUUAAAAAAUGUAAAUUUAGGUUCCUCAUACGGUUCUGUAUCCCUAGUAGCCUUUUCCCUUUAUGCUUUACUUUAUUGCAUUUGACAUUUUGGUGGUAUAUGGUGGCGGGUAAGACAUAAAUGUUGUUGAGUUUACCCUUUCAUAGUUUGACAUCUCAGUUUUGCUACCACCUUUGGUUUCUCUUAUCCUAUAUUUUGGUCAAGAUCCAGCAUUUUUGUGGAGUACGUGGUUGGUGUGGGCGAGUGCUUGCAUAAAGUAGAGAUCAUUCUAGAUGGACCAUGCCUCAGUUUUCCUUCCCAUCCUGCACCAUUUGUGCCCACUUGCAUUGGAUGGAUUUCUUAUUUUACAAAAGAGUUAUAUAUUUUUUUUUUCCUGAAUCAAAGAUAUUAUUCAAUUGCUCGAAUCAGGAACAUCUACGAUAUGAGGCUAAUUCAACUAAUUUUUUUCAUG